UCGAUAAACAAAAAACACGUUGAACUGUUUUGACUAACAAAAAAAAUAAAAUUAUUCCAUUAAAAAUGACUCAAAAAAGCCCCUUAACUUACAAAAUAAUCGCGAAAUGCCAAACUACCAAAGCUCGAGUUGGUAUCAUCGAAACUCUUCACAGCCAGAUCAAUUCACCGGUUUUCAUGCCGGUUGGCACCCAUGGAACGCUAAAAGGUCUUCUACCGGAGCAACUUUUAAAACUUGACUGCCGUAUCAUGCUCGCAAACACGUAUCACCUCGGAUUACGUCCCGGAAUCGACGUGCUCAAGAAAGCUGGCGGCUUACAUAAAUUCAUGAAUUGGCCAAAUUCGCUUCUUACCGACUCAGGAGGCUUUCAAAUGGUUUCUUUGUUAAAAUUGGCGGAAAUUGACGAGCAUGGCGUGAAUUUCGCGUCACCUUAUGACGGGUCAAAGUGCAUGUUAACCCCGGAAGAGUCAAUUCGCAUCCAAAAUGCCAUCGGAGCAGAUAUAAUAAUGCAGCUGGAUGACGUUGUAAAGACCACAUCGACAGAUUUAGAGAGGAUUGAGGAAGCAAUGGGACGCACAAUUCGCUGGUUAGACCGUUGCAUCGAAGCGAACGAGAGAAAUUCCGAACAAAGUAUUUUCCCCAUCGUGCAAGGCGGAUUAAUUCCCGAUUUACGAAGAAAAUGCGCCGCUGAAUUACUGAAAAGAGAAACGCGUGGCUUGGCUGUUGGCGGUUUAAGUGGCGGCGAAAGCAAAGACGAGUUCUGGAAAACGGUCCAUUUGUGCACAGAUUUACUUGCGGAACGUGAAUGCCCGCGAUAUUUGAUGGGAGUUGGCUUCGCAAGUGAUCUUGUCGUGUGUGUAGCGCUCGGAAUUGACAUGUUUGACUGCGUUUUUCCCACGAGAACGGCUCGUUUUGGAUGUGCGCUCGUGCGCGAAGGUCAAUUGAACCUGAAACAGAAGAAAUAUGCCCUCGACACGGAUCCCAUUGACAAAAAUUGCAAAUGUACGACGUGCCAAACGUAUUCUCGCGCCUAUUUACAUCAAAUUGUGACCGUGGAAUCAGUCGCUUGCAGCUUAUUAACCGUUCAUAACGUCGCCUUUCAACUUAAACUCAUGUCUGACAUCCGUGAAGCGAUUCAAAAUCAAAAAUAUCCCGAUUUUGUGAAAGAUUUCAUGGCUACAGCAUACAAAGACAAGCCCAUUCCUAAUUGGAUAACUGACGCAUUGAAAGCAGUAAACAUUGAAUUGCCCUAAAAACUGAUUUUUAUUCAU